AUGUCGUACCUAUUUGGUUAUGUAAAAAAUAUAUCGGACUCGAUUUUCAUUGAAUUUACUUCCGGUAACAACACGUCAGCUGCACAGAACGAUACAAAAUCAAAAAUAAGAAUGUCUGGAGAGUUUGCAGGAAAUGAUGGCUUUUACAGUGGGGGAUACAAUUAUGAACAGAACACAAAUUAUGACAUGGGAGGUGGACAGUUUGGACAGGACACGCAGUUUGGUCAGUUUGAUUACAGUCAGGGAUAUGGUUCAGAGCAGCAUUACUCAGCACCACAGUCCAAUAUGUAUACAGGCUCCAUCAUGACCCCUGACAUGAGUGCUUCCUAUGCCAAUCCAAGUAAUUCAGACAGCUAUGAAGAUGAACCCCCUCUGCUGGAAGAACUUGGGAUUAACUUUGAUCACAUUACACAGAAGACACUAGCUGUUCUGAACCCAUUCAAGGCAGCUGAACAUGACAUGAUGCAGGACACUGAUUUAGCAGGACCCCUAGUAUUCUGUCUGGCCUUUGGUGGAUCACUGAUGCUGUGUGGGAAACUGCAGUUUGGAUAUAUCUAUGGCAUUGGAGUGGUGGGCUGUGUCGCCAUGUAUUUCCUGCUGAACAUGAUGAGUAUCACGGGCGUAUCAGUGGGCUGUAUCAUCAGUGUACUGGGCUACUGUCUUCUACCAAUGGUCAUUCUGUCCUUCUCAGCAGUACUACUCUCCCUCAAGGGGAUGGUGGGUAUUGUACUGACUGUGUUGACCGUGCUAUGGUGCAGUUUCUCGUCCUCUAAGCUUUUUGUGUCCGCCCUAUCUAUGGAGAAUCAGCAACCUCUUGUGGCUUACCCCUGUGGACUUGUUUAUGGAGUUUUUGCAUUAUUGACUGUGUUCUGAUGGACUGAUCAUUUUACAGUUGUAAAUUGUUGGAAAAACUGUCUUGAUUCACCUGGUGUAUGUGUACAUUUUUAGGUCACCUGAGUCACUCAGGUGACCUAUUGCUAUCUGUUUUCGUCCGUCGUCGUCCGUUGUGCGUCGUGUGUUAACAUUUGAACAUUUUCAGCUUCUUCUCUGAAACCGCUGAACCAAUUUCAGCUAAUUUUUG